GGAGGGGAAGGUGGGGAGAUCCGGCGAGAGAGGGGAGGCUCCAACGACUCCUUCCUUCCUGGUUCCUGCAGCAGCUGCUGCCACUGCUCCGCUCAGCCAGGAGGGAGCCGGACCUCCUCAUGAGCAGGUGACACUUUUGCCCUUCCACCUUCUCGGUGUCUACAGCCAGGAGUAGCCUGUCCCUCCUACAUGGACAUUCAAGAGAGGGACCCUCCAUCCCUGACUGAGAAUGCUCAGUCCUCGAAGCCCUGCAGUGUCCAGCAGGCCUCGGAGCUGUGGGAGGUGCUGGAGGAGCCACGCAGCAAGUUGGAGACAGAGGGGACCCGGCCUGAGAGGCAGGAGGGCCAACUGCUCAAGAAGAGGAAGUGGCCCCUGAAGGGCUGGCACAAGAGAUACUUCGUGCUGGAAGACGGGAUCCUUCACUAUGCUACUACACGGCAAGACAUCACUAAGGGGAAGCUCCAUGGCUCCAUUGACGUCCGGCUGUCGGUCAUGUCCAUCAACAAAAAGGCCCAGCGCAUUGACCUUGACACGGAAGACAAUAUCUACCACCUCAAGAUCAAAUCCCAGGACCUGUUUCAGAGCUGGGUGGCCCAGUUGCGUGCCCACCGCCUGGCACAGCGGCUGGAUGUGCCCCGUGGCUUGCCCGGCACCACUCAUCGAAAGGUUCCUGGCACCCAGCUUCCGCCAGCGGGUAGUACUGCAGCCCUGCCUGGGGUCGAGCCUCGGGAGAAGGUGUCCUCCUGGCUGAGGGACAACGAUGGCCUAGACCACUGCUCUCAUGAGCUCUCGGCCUGUCAGGGGAAGCUGCAGGAGCUGCACAGACUUCUUCAGAGCCUGGAGUCCCUGCACCGCAUCCCCUCGGCCCCUGUGAUCCCCACGCACCAGGGUUCUGGGACCACUGAGAGACCCAAGAAGGGAAAACGGAGCAGCCGCAUGUGGUGCACACAGAGCUUCGCCAAGGACGACACCAUGGGGCGGGUUGGUCGUCUGCAUGGCUCUGUCCCCAACCUGUGUCGCUACUUGGAGUCUCGGGAUGUCGCAGGCCCCCGGGGGCUGCCACCUCCCGACUACGCCCACCUGCAGCGUAGUUUCUGGGCUCUGGCUCAGAAGGUGCACAACUCCCUCAGCAGUGUCCUGGCUGCCCUCACCGCUGAACGUGACCGACUCAGGGACCUGCACCAGGGCUCAGAGCAGUCACGGCUGGGGGUUUCCGAGGCACCAGCUGGCCAGAGGCGCCUCCACUCGCUGUCCAUCUCCUCCGACACCACAGCGGAUUCCUUCAGUUCCCUCAACCCCGAGGAGCAAGAGGCUUUGUACAUGAAGGGUCGGGAGCUGACCCCUCAGUUGUCCCAGAGCAGCAUCCUGUCCCUCGCUGAUUCCCACGCAGAGUUCUUCGAUGCCUGUGAAGUCCUCCUGUCCGCCAGCUCUUCUGAGAAUGAGGGCUCAGAGGAGGAAGAGUCAUGUACUAGCGAGGUCACCACGAGCCUGUCCGAGGAGGUGCUGGAUCUCCAGGGAGCCGAGCGCUGUCAGAAAGAGAUUUGUGUUCCAGGGAGACCUGUGGGGCCCCCACGCCGCCGCUGCCUGCCUGCCGCCAGCGGCCCAGGGGCCGACGUCAGCCUGUGGAACAUUCUGCGCAACAACAUCGGCAAAGACCUGUCCAAGGUGUCGAUGCCGGUGCAGCUCAAUGAGCCGCUCAACACCCUGCAACGGCUCUGCGAGGAGCUGGAGUAUAGCAACCUGCUAGACCAGGCCAGCCGCAUUGCUGACCCCUGCGAGCGCAUGGUGUACAUCGCCGCCUUUGCGGUGUCAGCCUAUUCCUCCACGUACCACCGAGCAGGCUGCAAGCCCUUCAAUCCGGUCCUCGGGGAGACUUACGAGUGUGAGCGGCCCGAUCGCGGCUUCCGCUUCAUCAGCGAGCAGGUUUCCCACCAUCCCCCCAUCUCGGCAUGCCAUGCGGAGUCAGAGAACUUUAUCUUCUGGCAAGACAUGAAGUGGAAGAACAAGUUCUGGGGCAAAUCCCUGGAGAUUGUGCCAGUGGGGACAGUCCACGUGAGCCUGCCCAGGUUUGGGGACCACUUUGAGUGGAACAAGGUGACAUCCUGCAUCCACAACAUCCUGAGUGGCCAGCGCUGGAUCGAGCACUACGGGGAGGUGCUCAUUCGCAACACGCAGGACAGUUCCUGCCACUGCAAGAUCACCUUCUGCAAGGCCAAGUACUGGAGCUCCAACGUGCACGAGGUGCAGGGCACCGUGUUCAGCCGCAGCGGCCGCGUCCUCCACCGCCUCUUUGGCAAAUGGCACGAGGGGCUCUACCGGGGUCCCCCGCCCGCUGGGCAGUGCAUCUGGAAACCCAACUCAAUGCCCCCAAACCAUGAGCGAAACUUCGGCUUCACUCAGUUUGCCUUGGAGCUGAAUGAGCUGACGGCGGAGCUGAAGCGGACGCUGCCUUCCACUGACACGCGGCUGCGGCCCGACCAGAGGUACUUGGAAGAGGGGAACAUCCAGGCCGCCGAGGCACAGAAGAGAAGGAUUGAACAGCUGCAGCGGGACCGGCGCAGAGUAAUGGAGGAGAACAACAUUGCCCACCAGGCUCGCUUCUUCAGGCGGCAGACGGACAGCAGCGGCAAGGAGUGGUGGGUGACCAACAACACCUACUGGAGGCUGCGGGCCGAGCCCGGCUACGGGAAUCUGGAUGGGGCCGUGCUCUGGUAGCCCUGGCCCCCGGGGGCGGGAGGCCCCACAUCCUCACUCCUCCUGCCCCCAGUCCUGCCGCGGACGCGUGGGUGAGGCUGGCCUCCCCCCAUCUUACUGCCCUUGAGAUCCAAGGACAGCCCUGGCUGCCGUGGCCCCUCUGCUGGCCAGAAGGCUGGCGUCUCAGCCUCGCCCUGGCACAGCCCCAGGGAGAAGCGUCAUCCCGGCUUCCCCAGUCUCAUUGCCCCCAGCAGCCGCAUGCAAGCUCUUUCACCCUCUCCCCAUCCCUGCUCCCCCAUGGGGUGCUGAGGGGGAGACUUCCGGCUCCUAGGAGCUGUUCCCCGUUUCAGUGCCUUCCUAGGACACAGGGGACCCCUUUGAUGUCCCCCAGACGUUCUGUACCCCGGGGUUCUAUGAGGUUCAAGUUAAUUAAUGAGAGUGGACAUAGCCCUUUUCUCUCGCCCUGUCCUCUCUAGCUCCGGCUCUCCUCGCCCUGCCCCAGCAAAGCUUUCUCUU